GAUCGAAUUUGAAACUGUACAUGCGGGACGACGGUGUGAACGACGCUCAGUCGUGGUUCCUCCGACUAAGUGCGUUGCUCCGUGAUUUACGUCGGUCCGAAAUCACUCUGCACAUUUUUCAUCUUGCGCGUUUCGAUCUGCAAAUCGAAGAAGAUAUUCUAGUACGCGACAAUAUUAAUGAUGGUAAUUAUAAGCCGGUUGUGGUGGAGAAUUUCAGACUGGAAAUCGGUCAAUUGUCGUUAUUUCCGUACGUUUUAAGUGGUUUGUUUUGUAUUUGUCGUCCGAGGAAAGUAACCCCGCAAUGGUUAGGGAAAGGAACUUGGACCGACGAAAGGAAACAGAAGGAAGCCGGUGAGUUCUUCGGCAAAUUCACAAAGAUGAUCGAAAAUGGAAACCGAGAAAUCUGGCGGGAUUUGGAGGGUUGCACCUUUGAAGGUCUCAACGAGAUCCGGCUGGAAUGGCAGCCCUUUGAAGUGACGAAGCUGUCGGAAACUGAAUUUACGGAGUUUCGGAUUCAAAUGAAAUGGAGUGAUCAAGAUUAAUGGCGUUCGGUUCCAACCGGAAAGCAUCAUGACUAUAGCGAAGGCAAGACCGUAGUGCAGAAUUCGAUCAAGCUGAUAGAGAGAGAAAUGAAGCUGUAUCCAACAAGUGUAAUGUUGUAUGUUUGUAAGAGAAACUACAUUUCAUGGUUGAAUUUUUUCUUCAAUGUUUUUGGAUGUUUGUAUUGAACUAAGUUGAAUUAAACCUUUAUAAUUUAAAUGACUUCCUUUAUCUUACCUGAUAUAGAUUGCAUUAUGCUGUGUGAUAUAUAUAAUUUGAUCGUGUGUCAUUUGCCGUUUCUGAAAUUUUAGCGUGCGCCGCUAAUCAAUGUCGAUCUCGGGGCGU